AUACUAACACUGACUCAUUAUUGCCUAGCACCUCGUCUGACGCAUGAUACGGAUUGGCAAGUCCUGGCUUCUCAGUCGAUCAACAGCACACUGAAGUUGGAGACCACCGCUUGCGACCCUGUAACUGCGCGCCUGGCGGACCAAAACGAUGUCUCAUUGUACUUUCACCUGUUCUUCCAGACGCGCAAUCCGCAUAUAGGGCUUCUAGACCCAGAUCUACAUACCCCCAAAUACGUCCGUCACGCAUCCUUUACCCUCUUUUCCGUCAUUUGCGCUCUGGGAUGUGCUAUUUCGACACGUCCACGGGAUAGAAUCCUGUACCCAACUCUACUCUCCCUGGCAGAAGCGAAUCUCGCGUGGUCUAUCGCGGUGCCAGUGAGAUCACUAGAGACGAUUCAAGCAAUCCUAGCAAUGAAGUAUUGGGCACCAACGUACCAGAGACAGGGGGAUGAUCCCCAUUGGCUUCAUAUUAGUCAUGCUGUACAACUUGCCAAAGAACUCGGAAUCAACAAGCCCUCCACUAUUGUUGAGCUUGUCAAAGCUUUGGCCCCCGACGACACUGUUGAGAUGAGAGAGCGAUUCUCACGCAAUCUUGAAAGAACCUGGCUAUACGUGUUCAUAGCUGACAAGAGCUUCGGUAUCGUCAUGGGCCGCUCCCCGAUUGUGGCUUGGAAAGAGCUCUCGCCUUGUCCAUGUCAGUGGUGGCGAAAGUCGAUGACAACAUCUCUUGAUCGUAUGAUUAGUGGUAUCAUUGAGAUUAGGGUUCAGUUGCUGGAGUCCUUAAAGCAGUUGGAGCGUAUGAAGAAGACCACUGCGUCUAUCUCGAAUUGGCAUGCAAAGAACUAUGAUGUUCUUGAUCGAACGUGCAAAAUCAGGUGCUACGAAAAUGACGGGUCGUCCACACCGACGUUGCCUAUCCUAGCUUUCUACAUGAAACACAGUCUCAUGAUUCUCAACGCGCAGGCUGCAAGGGAGUUAAAGAGACUCGGGGGAGCAAUAGCCUCGACUAUUGCCUCGGUCGAUAGCAAGGCGUUUGAAACCGCACAUCAACUUCUAGAUCUGGUUUUACAUGAUCAGACAGUCAUCGACAUUGGAUUGGGGUGGCACAACAACCAGUUUGUAAUGGUUGCCCACGCCAUGACUGAGAUUGCCCAAGCUUUGAGUCGAGGAAGUCUAUCUUCUGUAGAUCACGGAGCUGCGGCAUCCCAGAUCCGGGCCAUCUCUACAUGGCUUGAAGAGAAAGCGCAGUCGCUUCCAGCUACAUCUAUAGCUAGUCUCUACUCCGGUUUCUCUCAAAUACUGGUUUCCGAGCUAGAUGGAGAGACCAGCAACGACACGCAGAGAAGGCAAAAUUACACUUCUUACGAGACUCCAGACAGUUUCAUGACCGACUGGUCACGGGCUGUUGACGUCACCUCUCUGAACCCAAUGGAUUGGCUUGAUAUGAGUUUUCUAGACAACGAAGACUCGUUUGUUGGCCUCGAGAAUGUGGACUUCAACGACCUCGACGAUGAUGGUGCUCUCCGGUUCCCAUGA